CGUGAAUCUAUAUUUAGACGUUUUCUAGCUUUAUUCAGCCAAUCAAGACGCGGUCCUUAAUGAUUACGUGUAUUGAAUGAUAUACUCGUUGCUUUUACCGCCCAAUGUCACUCGAGCGAACACUUUAACGAAAGAAGGACAUGUGUAAUUGAAAUAUGGAGAUAAAUAGAGCCCGAAUAGCAGGGAUAUAGCAGAAUCUAAAUAGAUUACAGAAGAUUUGGAGCUAACAUUGUGAUGUCCGUAGGUUGAGUUUCAUAGCAAAGUUUGUCUGGAGGUCAACAUUCUAUUUAGGAGGUCGCCAUGUAUUCCAAUGAAAGUUCACUCCGGAUCUUUAUCUGCUCGAUAUGUUUCAAGAAAGAUACUUCAAGGAAGGAAAUGGAGCACCAUGUCGAAGCUCAGCACAUUACGAUGAAACAGUUCAAAUGUUCACUAUGUAGUGAUCAAUUUGUAAAUCAAACAGAGCUCGAGGACCAUGUGAUGACAUUCGGAGAUGAACAUAAGAUUACUGUGGACAUUGAUAAGCAUGUUCGUAACAAAGAAAUGAUCAAGAAUACCAUCGUUUCUUUGUCUGAUGAUAUUGUGAUUGCAAAUGUAUUGACUGAUGACAAGUUGAAAAGAAAACCAAAGGUUGAUUUAAAGCAAACUCAAGUUAAGAUCAAUGAGCGGUACAAAGUGCCAUCGAGUUCUCAAAGACCAGAAUCCCCAGGACCGCCCACACUGACACCAAAUAGAAACGUGGGGAAGUUUCCUGUUCGAAUACAACUUGGAGGAAAAAGGACACAUUCCAUCGAUGACGAAAAUGAUUCAGACGGGUUUUCUACAGAUGUAUCUGAGAGAAUUACCACAAAAAAGACAGAAUGGAAAGAGCUUCCAAUCAAGAAACCGAAAUAUACUGACACAACUAUUGUUGGGGAAAAUGCUAUUAUAAAAACAAAUGUGUCGACUAUAACAAAACAGUCAUCAAAUCAUGUAGAGAAACAAACACUCCAGAAACACAACCAAACAAAUGAUACUGCAAAAGCAAUCCCUUCAGCUAAACCCCAAACUGCUGAGAAUCUCCAAGGAAACUCCAGCUACAAAUCCCAACCACCAAGACCAAAUCAAGCAAUUGAAUGUAUUCCAAGGGAGAAACCAGAAAGACCUACGAAUGCCCAAAAAAGUUUUGGCUCAAAGACUGAAGAAGCUAAAGUCCCACUAUCAAAUUUGACUUCGAAAAAUGCCAAACCUAUUUUAGAACACCAAACUACAGGAGCACAGAAAACAGGUAAAAAGGACAAACAGCCUGAAAAUGCCAAUGAAGACAAUCACCAACAAAGACUGACAUUUCCAGAUCCCCACACAACUGUACUGCAAUUAGGUAAACCAAGUCCAACAAAACAAAGUGAAGACAUUGAUACUAAUAAGAAUACUAAUAAUAAUGUUUAUAGAGAUUUUAUCGCUAUAAUUGAAAAGAAUCGCAAGCAUCUGUCAAAGUUAUGCCAAGAUAUUUUGUGUGAGAAGGAACAAAGAAUUACAAGUACAAUAAAUAAUCAUGGAGAAAUAUCUUCCCUCAAGAAGCAAGUACUAGAGGUGUCCGCUCAGCUUGGCAGUGCCAAUUAUAUGGACAAAAGAACUAUUCACAUACAAAAGAGAUACACUGAGCUGAAACGUCAGUUAGAUGAUAAAGAGACACAGAUGAGUAAAGAUGUCGAAGAACUAAACAAGGAUUAUGAGCCAAUGAUAGAAUUCUACAAAGAGCAGUUGAUAUUUAUAGAGAAUGAGAAAAAGAGAGUGGAGGGUAUUCUUAAAACAGGCCACAAUUAUCGAAAUAUUAACUUCAUGGUUGCUGAACUUCAACAAAUACUUAUACAGUGUGAAAAUACUCAUGAAAAGGUGCACAAUGAAAUGAAGGAACAACACGAGAAAAGAUUGAAGGAGUAUUUAUAUGAAUAUGAAAGACUUCAACAGACAAGUGAUACAAGCACCCACACAAACGUGACAAAAGAGCACUUAAAACGGCUUGAGAAUAAACAAUUGUCUUCACAAAACAACUUUAGGUUGAGGAUGAAGAAACUGUAUGAAAACAAUCGAAAUAUGAAAAGUGGCCUUUACAAUAAUUUGCGGCUUUGUAUCGAAAGCAGACAUGAUUUAGUUGCACAAAACGAGGUAAUGAAAAAGAUAUCUGCACAAAAGAGUGAUGUGGGUAAACUGGAUGCUUGGCUUCAAACAAAGCUUGAGGAGUGGUCCAAAAUAGACGAGGUACCAAAGAGUAAUGAGAGCAAAACCCCAAGUCCUACUGUGACAUCUUCACAUCAACCAAAUGCAGAAGUAGCAUGUGUAUCAAAUCAAAACAUCAGUACUAUUGUUACAACUUCCUGUUCAUCAAACGGUGCUGUGCAACAGAGUAUCAACCCUAUUGCCAAGCCAUCAUCUCAAGCAAAAAACUCAAAUAAGUCACGAUCUGCUGCACCAUCUUUACAAACUCGAAAAGGGCUGGAAAAAAUGACACAGCUUCCACAAUCAGAAAGUUCAGCGGCUAUACCCCAAAGAAGCAAGACAGGACAAACAUAUAUUUUGAAUGCAGGACAACAGCGGGAGAUAGAUAGGCUACUUGCAAUAGCAACUAAAGCACUUGACACAGAUAAAGAUAUUCGAAUACCCACCUUAGGUCAGCUGGAUUGGUUCAAACUAUCCAGAUCUUACCUACCAUACCUUGCAAAACUUGCAGGGCGGGUUUAUGGUAACUUACUAAAGGAACGAGAAGUUGCUAACUGUUAUGGUAAUGAACUGCACAAUAUUAUUUGGCUCACUAAUGAUGCAGUUGAAUUCGCUCAACGAAAUCCUACGAGGGAUCUCAAUCGAAGCUAUUUGUGUCAACUAUGCCCGUUCGUAAGCUUAAAGUUUGACAGCAUAGACGGAAUUGUACACCACAUUAUAACCAGACAUACAGCCGGGGAGUACCCGUGUAUACAUUGUGAACGAAAAGAACCAACAAAAAUGGCCAUAGCGCUGCAUCUGCAAGUAGAACAUAAGAUGACAAAAAGCUUUGUUGACGAUAUUGUGGAGACUCUGUCACCAUCAGGCCUUCCAUUUUGCCCAAGUAUGAUCCAUAGGUAUAUGUUCAUUGCCAUCGACCUUCUACAGGACAGAUAUGAGUGCUCUUCAUGUAGCUAUGUACCAGGUACCUUUGUACGUAUGUUUUGUCACAUGCCAAUGCAUUUCAUGAAUCAGAUGAAACAAUAUUCCAUGGAGCAAGUCAUCUGUGACCUAAGGCAACAAUGCAAGACUGUGAGGAGAGAUUUAUGUCAUUGUAGCAAUCACAGAGUUUCCCAAAAUACAAAUGCCACCCGAAACAUCUGUGAUGUGAAUGCUACACGUGGAAAAACUGCAAGUAAAAAACAUCCUCUGUCUGAUAUUAGCUUUCAUCCACUUCAAAUUACCCCCAUUUCUCAAAUGGAUGUUGUUUAUCCCAACCAAGGGGUCCCUGCAGAACAUGUCCGAUCUCAACCACAUCAACAAAAAUCCUCGACUCCAGUCAGCGCUCGAUCGCAUCAACAGAUUCGUGUAACUCACACAGACACUCUCCCUAAUCGGGAGGUGCCUUUGUCAUGUAAUGUCACUCAAUCACAUCAACAGAUCUCUGAAUCUUGCAUUAGGCCUCAACCACCAAAGCAGAUUCCCUUCUCUCAAAAUGGUACUCGACUACACCAACAGCUUCCUGUGGCUGCCAUGGGGACUCAACAACACCAGCAGCUGCCUGUGUCUCAAAUUGGUACUGAAUUACACCAGCAGCUUUCCGUGUCUGCUAAGGGCACUCAGUCACACCAGCAGCUUCCUGUGGAUGCCAUGGGGACUCGACAACAUCAGCAGCUACCUGUGUCUGGAAAAGGUGCUCAACACCAGCAGCUGCCUGUGUCUUGUAUGGGCACUCAGUCACACCAGCACCUUCCUGUGGCUGCCAUUGGGACUCAACAAUACCAGCAACUGCCUGUGUCUGAUAAAAGUGCUCAGCACCAGCAGCUGCCUGUGUCUGGUAUGGGCACUCAGUCACACCAGCAGCUUCCUGUGUCUCAAAUUAGUACUCGACUACACCAGCAGCUUCCUCUGGAUACCAUGGGGACUCAACAACACCAGCAGCUACCUGUGUCUCAAAUUAGUACUCGACCACACCAGCAGCUUCCUGUGGCUGCCAUAGGGACCCAGUCACACCAGCAGCUGCCUGUGUCUGGAAUGGGCACUCAGUCAUACCAGCAGCUUCUUGUGUCUCCAAUUAGUACUCGACUACACCAGCAGCUUCCUCUGGAUACCAUGGGGACUCAACAACACCAGCAGCUACCUGUGUCUCAAAUUAGUACUCGACCACACCAGCAGCUUCCUGUGGCUGCCAUAGGGACCCAGUCACACCAGCAGCUGCCUGUGUCUCAAACUAGUGCUGGACCACACCAGCAGCGUCCUGUGGCUGCCAUGGGGACUCAACAACACCAGCAGCUGCCUGUGUCUCAAAUUAAUACUCGACGACACCAGCAGCUUCCUGUGGCUGCCAUAGGGGCCCAGUCACACCAGCAGCUGCCUGUGUCUCAAAUUAGUACUGGACCACACCAGCAGCUUCCUGUGGCUGCCAUGGGGACUCAACAACACAAGCAGGUGCCUGUGUCUCAAAUUAGUACUCGACCACACCAGCAGCUUCCUGUAGCUGCCAUAGGGGCCCAGUCACACCAGCAGCUGCCUGUGUCUCAAAUUAGUACUGGACCACACCAGCAGCUGCUUCCUGUGGCUGUCAAAGGGACUCAACAACACCAGCAACUGCCUGUGUCUGGUAAAAGUGGUCAACACCAGCAGUUGCCUGUGUCUGGUAUGGGCACUCAGCCACACAAGCAACUGCAUGUGUCUGGUAUGACAUCUCGGCCACAUCAGCAGCUGCCUGUAUGUGGCAUUGGUGCUCAACAAAAUGAACAGGUGCCUGUAUCUAAUAUUGACAAUCGACUGCACCAACAGACCCCCUUGUUUGGCAUUGGCACAGAGCCACACCAACAGAUGCAUGCAUCUCAUGUUGUUCCACAAGAUCAACAGGCGUCUGUGUCUACACAUAUCAGCACUCAACCGGCUUUACAUAAAACAGCUACUGUGUCUCAAAAUGGUACUCUGCUAUAUCGGCUUAUGUCUGCUCCUGACAAUGGCACCCAACAGCACCAACAGAAACGUGACCCUAAAGGUCACAACCAGCAGUGUGAUCCGACAACCAAUCCAGUACCAUAUAAUAACACUGCAUUUGUGCGAAAUAAUGACAUACCACAGAACAAUGAACCACACUCUAUCAAUGAUAAAAUAAGAACACAAAUUGAAGCAGUGGUAGAUAGAGAAUAUCAGAGAAGAAUAGCCCCAGAUCCCCAAGCCAAGAACACUACUCCAUCACAAGAGCCUGCACCUCCAAGGAGAUCAAUGUCUACAGUGACCAACACAACAACCCCAUUGCCGAGUACAGAACAUAUGAGCGAUGUGCUUGCAACAGAGAACCAAGAGUCUAUGUCACUUGAUGCCACCAGUAUUUUGGACAAUGUCAAGGAGAAUCGUAUCAAAACCGAGCCAGAAGAGACGGAUGAUCGAUAUGUGCUUCAGAAAAUGUAUAUGGAGUGUGUGCGUCCCAUCCCACAUGUCCCAAAGAUAUCGAAAAAUGUAAAUUCUGUGAACCAAACCACGAGAGACAGUGACCAAGAUGACGAGGUAGCUGAACUCCCUGAUAUAACACCUCCUAAGCGUCGGAAAGGUCCUUCCAUCAAGGUCCCUGAGAACAUUAAGAAGCACCUUAAACAAAAUCUAGGAGGUAUUAGUAUUAAAACUACCAAACCAGCUCCUGAUCAAGCCUGCCAGCCUCCAAGUCCCACUGUGACUAUCCCAUAUGGGGAUAAAGACACAGAGAUUGAGACACGUUUAAUGGAAGUUGAUGACAAGGAAGAUGCUGUUAUGGAGUCUGUUGAUGAGUCUCCAAUGGAUUUUGAUAUCAUUAUCAAUGCAGAUAAUGAUGAGGAAGACGACCAGGAUGAUGAUGAUUCCGAUAUUGUUGCCAAUUCGAUUUUUAAAAUUUCUUGUGACCAAAGUGGUAUUACCACUAAAACAAAAGACAAUCCAAAUGAGGCAAUGGUAAUGGAAGCUGGAGAAAGGGAGGUGCAACAACAACAACAGACUCAUGCAUCAGAUCCCAAGCCAUUAAUUCCAAGUGACACUUUGAACAUAACUGAAGGUAUAAACACUAUUGACGAUAUGAAUAUAAGCACAGCAGAAGAAACAAGCAGAACCAAUGAUGUCAACACAAACCCUGCAAUAUAUGUCUCAAUAGAUGAAGAUGAUCUCCCAGAAAUCGAAACGGAGGAAACUGAAAUUGAUUUAUCGGAUGACGAAGAUGAUACAACCGACAUGGAUUGUGAUGCAGCCGAUAUGGAAAAACAAGAUAAAACAAAGUCUGAAAACAAAACUGACUCUCUAAUUGAAUGUACUGAUGAUGAAGAUGACACGCCUGAUAUUUUAGUGGAUGUAAAACUAGAUCAAACAAAUAGUGGUCCCUUGGUUGACUCCACUAAAGAUGAUCACAAUUUGACAAGUGAAACUGCUAUUAGUAAACCUGACAUUUGCCCUAAUGACACAAUAAAUAAAGCCGACAUUCCAAUUGAUUAUAUUAAUGAUCAACAAAAUAUUGCCGAUGAUAAAGUAGAAGAGGAACAAGAGCAAAUCAGGUCAGAACCUAUGAUGAGUAAAGGUGGGACGCUGAUGGUGUAUGACAAAGAGUCUGAGUACUUACAUGAGGUGGAUGAUGAACCCCAACAAGUUGAAGACCUGACAAUCGAUUCCGAUCAAGAAGACGAUGAUAUUGCUAUUGUAGAAGAGAAAAAUAUAGUCAGAUAUGUGGCGGUAUACUGUAAGAAAUGCACUGAGGAGCACAGAAUGACCGAGGAUGAAUACAAAAAGUCAUUAGCAAAGGGUAGGAUAAAUACUGAAAUUGAACCGCGAUACAUCAACCCUCCUACUCAAAUGAAACCAUACAAAAGCAAAUUGGAUGCAACUAUACCAGAAAACACAACAGCUAAACAAACCCCGGGCGUUAGUAUGAAAACAAAUAGUUUAUCUGAGAACAAAUCUCAGAAAAUUUAUGAACUUGCUUUGAACCAAUUAUCAAAAUCUAACAAAUCAGGGGUUGUUAACAUAUCCAGCAUUUCUAAACCCACCAAUAAUGGAGUUGAAAACACGAACCAAGGUGUGUGUAAGAUUGCCAAACAACCCAUCCAAAUACCAAAUCAGUUACCGACCAUCACAUUCAAUGCUCAACAGUCAGCUAAACCAGACAUGGCUACACACCAAGGCACUCAUACACAAUCAAGACAGCCACCUGUAAACCGCAGUGGACCAUUCAGUUUCUUAGAACAAGGUUUGCAGACUUUGAAGGGAGUUGGCAAUGUGAUAACUCAGAAAGGAGGAGGUCUGCGCCCUAUUCUACCCAAACCAUUGAACUCUCACCCCAAUCUUGCUCAACAGAUGAAAACAACCUCCCAGAAAAUAGAAUGCAAACAAGUAACAAAGGUGAGACCCAUCCUUCCAAAACCAGUCGACAGUUUCCUCCCCAUAAAUGAACAAGAUAAUGUGGCGAAUGAUGAGACACAUGACGAUGAAGGUGGUGUCCCCGCGUCACAGGAAAGUCUCGGGUCUGUGGCAAUGACCCCUCCCCCAGAAGCCUUACCUGAUGAAGACCUAGAGGAACAGCAGAACAAGUAGUAGAUGACAGCUCCAACUCAAAUUCGAACAUGCAGAUAGAAGUCCAUAAAGAUAUUCCAGAUGCCACCAGUGUGAGGUCCAAUAGCAGACAUUCCAAAUGGACCAGGCGUAUGCGGUUAUGUAGACUAUUCCCAUGCAGUUUGUACUUGCAAUAAGAAGUCUAGUAUACAAUAACUUCCGUGUGUGCAAAAUUCACUGUACAAAUCACUGCCAUGCCGAUUUUGCAAAUGGGUGAAGACGCACACACAUAUACAAACUGUACUUUAUCAGACCUUCAAGGAUCUCAACAUGAUAUAAGAACUAUUCUUUAUUCUACAUUUUAUGUAGGGUGAUAGAUGGUUGUAUUAUGCAAAAUGUCUUCCUAUGUAUCUUUGAAAAAUAGAAAAUGAGACUUAGUCGUAACAAGGGAGGCGAUCAGUA